AGGGGGCGUCAAUGUUCGGAUCCCAUUUCCCGUUAGCCCAGCAAGCUGCAAUAUACAAGCUUUGACAUUGCGAUCAUGGAGGCUGUUAUGGUGUAGACUUGGAUACACAGAAAGCACAAACUGCGAAUUUCAGAGCUCUGUUAUGACAACAUUUCCAGUUGGUCCAGGUGGAGGCAGGAGGUGCGAGUAGAGUGCUGUAGACACCAGCACCAUGUACUCCGAGUGGCGCUCCUUGCAGUUGAUGGUGCAGAGUGACCAGGGUCACCUCAGUGUGCUGCACGCCUAUCCCACCACCGUGGGCACAGAGGUGGCAAAUGCAGUGGUCAAACCUUUGGGCACAGCUGUAAGCCCGGUCGCCACAGAGAACAUCCUCAAGACAGACAAGGAGGUGAAGUGGACCAUGGAGGUGCUGUGUUAUGGCCUCACCCUUCCUCUUGAAGGAGACACUGUCAAGCUGUGUGUAGAUGUGUACACAGACUGGAUGAUGGCUCUGGUGUCUCCCAGGGGCUCGAUGCCUCAGCCUGUGGUCAAGGAGCCCAACAUGUAUGUGCAGACUAUUCUCAAACAUCUCUACAACGUCUUUGUGCCAAGGCCUGAACAGCACAGUCUGAACCACAUCAGGCUUUGCCAGCAGGUUCUGACUGCAGUCCAGAAACUGGCACGAGAGAGUGUUUCCAUGGCGAGGGAAACCUGGGAGGUGCUGCUGCUUUUCCUGCUUCGCAUCAACGACACAUUACUUGCCCCACCCACAGUUGGAGUUGGGGUGGCAGAGAAACUGGCAGAGAAGUUGAUGGCAGUGCUGUUUGAAGUGUGGCUGCUGGCAUGUGCCCGUUGUUUUCCCACGCCACCAUACUGGAAGACAGCAAGGGAGAUGCUGGCCAACUGGAGACACCACCCUCCUGUUGUAGAGCAGUGGAGCAGAGUGGCCUGUGCCCUGACCUCCAGACUUUUGUGCUUUACCCAUGGACCAUCCUUUCCACCUUUUAAAGUUCCUGAUGAGGAUGCCAACCUGAUACCUUUAGAGAUGGACAAUGACUGUGUGGCACAGACGUGGUACCGCUUUCUCCACAUGCUCAGCAACCCAGUGGACCUGAGUAACCCUGCAGUAGUGAGCACCACUCCAAAGUUUCAAGAACAGUUUCUCAACUCCAGCGGUAUCCCUCAUGAAGUGGUGCUGCAUCCGUGUUUGAAGCAACUACCACAGAUCUUCUUCAGGGCCAUGAGGGGCGUGAGCUGCCUAGUGGAUGCUUUCUUAGGUAUUUCGCGUCCCAGAGCUGACAGUGCCCCGCCCACCCCAGUCAACAGAAUGAGCAUGUCCCCGCCCCCCUCUGUCACGAACACCACACCCCCUCACAACCGCAAGCAGCGGCAUGCAGUGGUCACCAAAACUACAAGCAAGAGUUCAGCGGGCAGUGGUAGUCAACCAAUCAAAGCAUCCCAGCAGCAACAGCAGCAGCAACAGCAAACAUUGUCCUCUCCCACCAUGCUGUCCAGCCCCAACCAGAGCAGUUGGGAGUCUCGGCCUCUGCCGGCCCCGGCUCGGCCGAAGGUCAACAGCAUCCUCAACCUGUUUGGACAGUGGCUUUUUGACGCUGCUUUGGUUCACUGUAAGCUCCACAGUGGCCUCAGCCGAGACCCUAGUAUGACCGCAAUAGCCACUCAAGUAGGUCUGGAACUGAGAAGGAAGGGUUCCCAGAUGUCCACCGACUCCAUGGUGUCUAACCCCAUGUUUGAUGCUAACGAGUUUCCAGAGAGCUACGAGGCAGGACGGGCUGAAGCUUGCGGGACUCUUUGUCGCAUCUUUUGUAGCAAGAAAACUGGAGAAGAAAUUCUACCUGUUUACCUGUCCAGGUUCUACAUGGUCCUGAUUCAGGGUCUCCAGAUCUCUGAUUUCAUCUGUAGACCAGUUCUGGCUUCUAUCAUUCUCAACUCUUCCUCUCUCUUCUGUACUGACCUAAAGGGCAUCAAUGUGGUAGUGCCCUACUUCAUAGCUGCACUUGAGACUAUUGUUCCAGACAGGGAGCUGUCCAAAUUCAAGAUUUAUGUAAAUCCUACUGACCUGAGGAGAGCCUCCAUCAACAUCCUGCUUGCCAUGUUGCCAUUGCCGCAUCACUUUGGCAAUAUCAAAUCAGAGGUUCUGUUGGAGGGAAAGUUCAAUGAGGAGGAUGGAUGGCCUCAUGACCAGCCUGUGUCUUUUCUGUCCCUGAGGCUACGUCUUGUCAAUGUCCUGAUAGGAGCACUGCAGACUGAGACUGACCCCACUAACACACAGUUCAUCCUGGGUGCAAUGCUGAAUAUUGUUCAAGACUCAGCACUGUUGGAGUCCAUAGGUGCACAAACUGAAACAGGGAGUAUAGAUGGGAGCCACAUGACAGUGAAGAGUCAGAGUCACAGCCGUACCAACAGUGGCAUUAGUUUUACCAGUGGAGGCAGCACAGAGGCCACCAGCCCAGACCCUGAACGUCCUGUCCAGGCCCUGCUUCGAGACUACGCUCUUUCAGAUACAGCGACAGGCCUGCUGGUGCGCAGCAUCCACCUGGUCACUCAGAGACUUAACUCCCAGUGGAGGCAAGACAUGAGCAUUUCACUGGCUGCUCUGGAGCUGCUGGCUGGGCUUGCCAAGGUAAAAGUAGGAGUAGACUCUGCAGACCGUAAACGUGCAGUCAGCUCUAUAUGUGGGUACAUUGUGUACCAGUGUAGCCGUCCAGCUCCACUCCAGUCCCGUGACCUCCACUCCAUGAUUGUAGCUGCCUUUCAGUUUCUGUGUGUGUGGCUCACAGAGCACCCUGACAUGCUGGAUGAGAAGGAUUGUUUGAUGGAGGUGUUGGAGAUUGUGGAGCUGGGAAUUUCUGGCAGCAAAUCCCGACAGGAACAGGAAGUCCGAUAUAAAGGGGAUAAGGAGCACAACCCAGCUUCAAUGAGGGUGAAGGACGCUGCUGAGGCCACUUUGUCCUGUAUCAUGCAGGUGUUGGGGGCAUUCCCCUCUCCCAGCGGGCCCUCCUCCACCUGCAGCCUGCUGAAUGAAGACAUCCUGAUUCGCUACGCCAGACUCAGUUCCACAGGAGCCAGCAACUUCCGCUACUUUGUUCUGGACAACUCGGUCAUCCUUGCCAUGUUGGAACAGCCUCUGGGCAAUGAGCAGAACCCUAGUCCCUCAGUGACAGUUUUGAUCCGAGGGACAGCUGGCAGACACGCCUGGACCAUGCAGCUCUUCCACCAACCCAGAGGAGCUCGGGCCAAUCAGAGGGUGUUUGUUCCUGAGGGUCGUCCAACACCCAACAAUGAUGUUGGGAUCAAGUACAAUGUCAAACAGAGGCCCUUCCCUGAAGAGGUGGAUAAGAUUCCUCUUGUCAAAGCUGAUGUCAGUAUUCCUGACCUGGAUGACAUCGUUAGUAAAGAGCUGGAAGUUCAGCAUGACAAGCUUCGUGUUCUGAUGACCAAGCAGAUCGAGUAUGAGAAUGCCUUGGAGCGCCACAGUGAGGAAAUCUGGAAGUCCAAGCAUUUCCCUGACCCUCAGACAGAUUGCAAGCCCCCUCCACCCUCACAGGAAUUCCAGACAGCACGCCUCUUCCUCUCCCACUUUGGCUUUCUGUCUCUGGAGGCGCUCAAGGAGCCCAACAACAGUCGUCUACCUCCUCAUCUGAUUGGCCUGGAGUCAUCCUUACCAGGGUUUUUUGACGAUAUCAGCUACCUAGACCUGCUUCCCUGUCGACCAUUUGACACAGUUUUUAUUUUCUAUGUGAGAGCUGGACAGAAAAGCAGCUCUGAGAUCCUGAGGAAUGUGGAGUCAUUCCAGUAUCCGGGGUGGACGGGACACCUAGACACCAGCUGGUCCCUCAACUCCUGCUCUGACAGCAAUGAUGUACAACAAACAGAAGAUGCAGCUAUGCCCGAGGACACAGGAGGUUCAGUGUUCAAUGGGGAGAAGAAAGUCUUGUACUAUGCUGAUGCUCUAACAGAGAUUGCCUUCGUUGUUCCAUCUUUAACAGAAAAUUCUGAAGAGUCAUCAGUGCACAGUGACUCCACAGUGGAGGCAGACAGCAACACAGACCUCAUGCCUGGUUUACUCAAGCAACCCAAUUUCACACUGGAGCUGUUCCCCAACCAUUCUGAAAACCUGGAGUCUGCCAAAAAGCUGAGUCCUUUGGUGAGGACAAAGAGGUCCUCAACUGGAAAGUCUUUCCCACCACUGGGCCCUGAGACGAAGGUGUUUGUGAUCUGGGUCGAGCGCUUUGAUGAUAUUGAGAACUUCCCGUUAUCUGAUCUCUUGGGGGAAACUAGCACGGGCUUGGAAGCUAGCAUGAGCAACAGCACUUCCUGCAGGUCAGGGUUACUUGAGAAGGAUGUUCCUCUGAUUUUCAUUCAUCCUCUGAAGACGGGACUCUUCAGGAUCCGGCUGCAUGGAGCUGUGGGCAAAUUUGGCAUGGUGAUUCCCCUGGUGGAUGGCAUGGUGGUCAGCCGCAGAGCUCUAGGGUUUCUCGUGCGUCAAACAGUGAUCAACGUGUGCCGAAGAAAGCGUCUGGAGAGUGACUUGUACAACCCGCCUCACGUGAGGCGAAAGCAGAAAAUAACUGAGAUUGUCCAGCGUUACCGCAACAAACAACUGGAGCCUGAGUUUUACACCUCGCUCUUCCACGAGGUGGGGGAGGGAAAGCCUCACCUCUAACACCCCUGUUCUGUCCUAACACUGGCUCACAAGCGCACACAACACCGCACACACUUAUCCUACACUCAGACAACUUUGAUAACUGUGCGCGUGCACACAGACACACACACACACACACCCACACACACAGAAUCUUUAUAUUUAUACUGUACUAUUUUGUUAUUUAUAUAUAUAUCAACACUGUCUGCCUUUGACUCUGAGAGCAAAGCGUCAAAAACCUUGCCAAGGUGAAAUAGCUACAUUUCUAUGUCGGGCAGCUGCUCACUGAAGAUGAAACGGCUGCAGUUCCACAUCGACUGUCUCUGUUCAUUUAGGUUCAUGCUUUGUGGCAAAAGAGUUUCUGCUUGUCUUUAACUGCAAUACAAUAGUUACACUGUUGGCCUUUCUGAACUUGUAAAAAGUUGAUCCUUUAAAUCUGGAGAUUCAAGUGAAUUUCAUAAUGGCUUGGUAAUACAGAGGUGUGUCCAAAACCCAGAUCUGCAUAUCUGGAUUUCUUUUAGUCCAGCAAAUUUAUGGUGGGAUUUUUGCCAAGGUGAUAAACAUGCAAGUCUCAUAACAUUUUGUGCACACUGCUGCUGAUUCAAGGCAGGUGGCUUCAGGACAGCAAAGAAAUGACUGACAGCAUUAACCUAUGAUAUAAUUUGUCAUUCAGACACCUGCCAAUGUCUUCCUAGUGUGAACACUGAUUCGGCCAUUGCAGCAGCAGACUGAGCACAUAGUUAUUGGUGUUUAUAGUUUUUUUUAUGUUCCAGAUGAUUUAUAGGAAUUCUAUGUUGCGUUACUGUUUGUUGAUGCCAUUUCUGCCACUUGCGCUGUCUGUGCCGGUCAGUACAUUCUCUCAUCACAACAGCCCCUGUACCAUUUGUGUGUGUGUGUGUGUGUGUGUGUGUGUGUGUGUGUGUGUGUGGCUACAUGUAUGUUUAUUCAGUCACUCAAAUUAUUGACACUACAAGGAUUCAUAGUUGUGACCCCACACCCUAUACGUGACAUUUAAAGAGGAGUUAUGUCACUUGAAACAAAUGAGAAUCUCAAGAUAAGUUUUGACAAGUUCAGUUUUCAAGACUCACCCUAGAUUUGGUUUAAUCUGAACACUUUGUAACACUUGACUUUACGGAUGAUGAGGGACGUUACAGAGCUCUUGGAGUUUGCACUUGAUGAUUGCAGGGCUACAGAAAUCUUUACCAAUACCAAACAGAGCCAUAGAACAGUUGAAGUAUCUAUGGUGAUGUAUUCAAAGGCUUUAAUACUCAUUUUGGCUGAUCAACGCUCUAAUUAAAAAAACAAAAAAAAAAACACUAA